GCCUUGGUGCUAGUACCUUCUCAUACAGCCAAGAGAUCGCCUACAGACAGCGGCCCGAUUGAUGCUCAGCUGUGAGCCAUUGGAUGGCGUACAGGGAGCAUAAUGAGGUGCCGUUUGUCCGUGGCGAGAGCCUGGUGUCGUAUCUAAUGCGCUGUCUACAUGAUGAUGGACAUGACGAUUUGUCUUUCCCCGCAUUAAUCGCGCCUUGAGGAUCAGGAAGCCCGGGGUGACCAGGAUCUCUUUAUCCUGCAAGCGUGCUCUGGAUGACAUUGCAAUCAUGUUGAACUUCCUUGCAACAGUACUACUUUCGGGAGCAUGGGCCGUCAAUGCUCAAACGCCUACUGAGCGAGUGAUCCCUACCCUCGCUCCACAAGUCAAUGCAGCACCAAGUCUGACUCCAACAAUUCACGAUCCUACCGCGCCGAAUGCUCAACGCUGUCCGGGGUACAAGGCCUCUGGCAUUCACUACAAAGCCAAUGGCUUCACUGCAGACCUGAACAUUGCCGGAGCCAAUUGCCAGGCCUUCGGCAAUGAUAUCGCUAACCUCAGGCUGCUCGUGGAGUACCAGACUCAGGACCGGCUCAAUGUCAAGAUCUGGCCCAAGUACCUUAGCCUGGCCAACAGUACCCAGUACGUGCUGCCUACGGAGAUCGUGCCAGCGCCCGUCGCUGAUGGCAAGACUACAAACCACACGAGCGAUCUGAAACUUGAGUGGACCAACGAGCCGUCUUUCCAAUUCCGCGUGUCGCGCAGCAAGACUGGUGAGGAGCUUUUCUCAACCUACGGCAGCGUGAUUGUCUUCGAGGAUCAAUUCCUCGAGCUCACGACCAGCAUGGUCAAGGAUUACAACGUCUAUGGACUUGCAGAGAACAUUCGCGACUUCCGCUUGGGAAACAAUCACACACAAACAUUCUACGCAGUGGACGCCGGUAACACUGUGGACGGCAACGUCUACGGAACCUUCCCAUUCUAUCAGGAGACUCGCUACAACGUGGAUGGCAAGACACAAGCCCACGGAGUUUAUGCUCGCAACGCCCAUGGUCAGGAAUGGCUUCUCCGUGAUCGUAAGAUUAUUUACCGCACUAUCGGCGGUAGUCUUGAUUUCUACUUCCUCAGUGGUCAAGAUAAAACGGGACAAUCGAGUGCUCUGGAGACGAUCCGCCAAUUUCAGGUUGGUUGUGUUGGUACACCAGCAAUGCAAAUGUUCUGGACAUUUGGUUUUCAUCAAACUAGAUGGGGCUACCAGAACAUCUCGGUGAUGCGCGAUGUUCUCAAGGGCUACAAGGAUGCCAAUAUCCCCCUCGAAGCAAUUUGGAACGACAUUGAUAUCUACGACUUGUACAGGGACUUCACAAGUGACGAUAACACUUUUCCCGCGUCGGGAAUGAAACGACUCAUCUCGGACUUGCAUGCCAACGAUCAAUAUUACGUACCAAUAGUCGACAGCAACAUCUAUGUUCCGAACCCGAACAACGCAAGUGAUGCUUACGCGCCAUUUUCAAGGGGUGCUGAAUUGGGCACAUUCAUUCGCGAUGCAAAUACUGGCAAUUUCUACUACGGAAACAAUUGGCCCGGCUUCUCGGUUUGGCCAGACUGGCUGCUUCCGUCGUCGCAGACGUGGUGGACAUCUGAGCUGGUAUCUUGGUGGCACAGCAUUCCAUUCGACGGUAUCUGGAUCGACUUGAGCGAAGCUGCAUCUUUCUGUGCUGGAAAUUGCGGCAAUGGCCGACUCACCGAAAACCCGGUGCACCCUCCCUUCCUGCUCCCAAACGAUGAAUUCCAGACAGAUUACCGGUAUCCUGAAGGCUUCAACAUCUCCAAUGCAACUGAAGCCGCAUCGGUGAGCGCUGCGUCGGCUUCGCAGGCAUCGAUCUUGAGCACCCGAACGCUUCUGCCGGUGCCAACCACGACUACACGAGGCCGUACGAUCCCGACUCCAGGCGUUCGCGACCUUAGCUUUCCGCCCUACGUUAUCAACCAUGUCCAAAAUGGCCAUUCGCUGCUGAGAAGUGCCAUCGCUCCCAAUGCUACACACGGCGAUGCCUCGAAGACUACGGAAUAUGAAAUGCACAACCUCUUCGGUCUUCAAAUCAGCAACGCUACAUACCAUGCGCUUCUUUCAGUCUUUCCCGGUAAACGUCCCUUUACUGUGGGAAGAUCAACGUUCGCCGGGUCCGGUAAGACCACGAGCCACUGGGGUGGCGACAAUACAUCCACAUUUGGUUCCAUGUUCCUGUCGAUUAGCCAGGCGCUCACCUUCAUGAUGUCCGGAGUUCCCAUGUUCGGAGCUGAUACGUGCGGGUUCGCGGGCAACACGGAUUUUGACCUCUGUUCGCGUUGGCAAUCGCUUUCAGCCUUCUUCCCCUUCUAUCGCAAUCAUAACGUCAAGGCAACGAUCAGCCAGGAGGCGUACCGCUGGUCAUCCGUUGCGGAGGCUACUCGACGAGCAAUCAAAGUCCGCUACAGCUUGCUCAACUACAUGUACACUCUUUUCUACUACGCCCACACCAAGGGUGAUACCGUGAUGAGAGCUCUCGCCUGGGAAUUCCCCCAAGACGCUUCCCUCCGAGGUACAUACACCCAAUUCUUACUCGGACCAUCCAUUCUUGUCACGCCGGUCCUGGUCCCGAACGCAAACACUGUCAAGGGAGUGUUCCCCGGAAUCGGCCAAGGUACGCGGUGGUACGACUGGUACACUCUCCGCGAAGUCCAAGCCAAGCCACAAGAGAAUGUCACGAUGCCUGCACCGUUGGAGCACAUCAACGUUCACGUUCGUGGUGGAUCUAUUCUACCGCUUCAGGCCCCACAGAUGACCACCACUGCUACCCGGAAGAGCCCAUUCAGCUUGCUUAUCUCUUUGGAUGACUGCGAUGAGGCUAGCGGAAGCUUGUAUCUUGACGAUGGCGAGAGUCUCGUCCCGGCCGCGACGAAGCUGGUCAAGUUCAAAUUCAGCAAGAAUAGACUUACGUCUCACAUCAACGGAACCUACGCCACCUCCGCGCCACUCAAGCAGAUCACUAUCGCAGGUAUCAAGAACCGCCCACGCGGCAUUCGUUUGCGUGUCGGCGGUUCGAAGUGCGAUGAGCGCAAACUCGCAUGGACUCACACUAACGAUACGCUGAGUGUGAGCGGCUUGGAGAAUUUCUCGAAGACUGCCUUCGAGGGAGCUUUGGACCUCCGAUUGGUAUAUUGAUCAGUCUGGCAAGGUCACCAGAAUGAAAGAGUGAUAGCUGAGUAAUCCGAAAAGUGGUUUUUAGUGAUGUGCCAGCCGUAAUCUCGCAUACAUGAAGACACUUGCGUACCACAUGUCGCCCUUUGAGCUUUUAUACUCCGCCAAUUAAAGCGGCGUUCCAUCAACGUGGCUAGCCUGCGUGAGCUUUUGUAUUACCGUUCAUAUAGGUGAUAAUAAUCGGAAGAGGAAGUGCUAUUUUGCGAGCAAAUCGUGCUGUUCAAUUUCAAGGCUUCAUCACGCCGGGGUA